AUGGUCCUCGAAGCAAUCAAGUACAGCCGCGGCAAGUUGGACAUUCUGGACCAGCUCCAGUUGCCUCACACAGAAGUUUACGAUGAGGUCAAGUCUGCGCAGGAUGCAUGGCACGCGAUCAAGGAAAUGAGAACUCGCGGUGCUCCAGCCAUUGCUAUUGUUGCUGCUCUUGGCCUGGCCGUGGAAGUUGAACUUAUUGCUGGCAAGAAGGAACUCUCAAACGUCGCUGAAGAGGUUGAGGUCUUCAUCCAGGAGAAGCUCGAGUACCUGGUUACUAGCAGACCUACUGCUGUAAACUUGGCAGAUGCUGCCAGAAAGUUGCAGAAAGUUGUGCAGACUGCCGCCAGAAGCCAAGGUGCCUCGGGCACUUCUGUCAAGGACGCAUAUGUCAAGGCUGCAGAGCAGAUGCUUGUCGACGAUGUUUCGGACAACAAGGCCAUUGGUGAGCACGGUGCCGAUUGGAUCCUCAAGAAUGCUGCUGGAGGCAAGGCCCAGGUCAGCAUAUCUCUGGCGACUGCGGGUUACGGUACUGCUCUCGGGGUCAUUCGCUCUGUUCACGCAAGAGGGUCGCUCAAGAGAGCAUUCUGCAGCGAAACCAGACCUUACAACCAAGGAUCACGUUUGACUGCUUUCGAGUUGGUGCACGAUAAGAUUCCCGCAACUCUAGUGACAGACUCUAUGGCGGCUGCACUGCUCCGUCUUAAAGGACCUACUGAGAACAUUGCAGCAAUCGUGGUUGGAGCCGACCGCGUCGCGGCCAAUGGAGACACUGCCAACAAGAUCGGGACUUACUCGCUUGCAAUCCUAGCCAAGCACCACGGAGUCAAAUUCUUGGUAGCAGCACCUCGCACAACCAUCGACCUGGAGACCAAGUCUGGAGCGGACAUUGUGAUUGAAGAGAGAGCAGGCAAAGAGAUGACGAUGAUCAAGGGACCUUGCUUCAAGGGAGCAUCGCUCGACCUGAAGCAGAUCGAGACUGUCAGCAUUGCUGCCAACGGUAUUGAUGUGUGGAACCCUGCUUUCGACGUGACACCGGCAGAGUUGAUUGACGGAGUCGUGACUGAGAAGGGAGUGGUGGAGAAGGGCUCAGACGGAGUGUUCCAUUUUGAGGAUAUCUUUGCGGCUUCUGGGUCUGAGGUGAAGCCUACAACUGUUGGAGGCCUUUGA